AUGUAACAGCAGAGACACUUUGGCGAUGGUUUUUUUCAGCAGAAGCAUCUGUGUUUUCUUGUCACUAUAUCCUGGUUUGACCCCCGGUCAAUGACUAUGGCCCAACGCACCCUUAGUCGCGAUGCCUACACUGUGGGAUGGAUCUCCGCCCUCUCCGUUGAGUUUGCUGCUGCGGAGCAGCUGCUCGACGAAGAGCACGGCGACGUUGCUCUGGAUCACGACGACGAUAGCCUCUACACGCUGGGCAGCAUCGGUAAGCACAAUGUCGUAAUUGCGUGCCUGCCGGCUGGCUCCACGGGCACUAAUUCCGCCGCCGCGGUCGCCACCCGGAUGAAGGCCCAGUUUCCCUCAAUUCGCUUCGGCCUCAUGGUCGGUAUUGGAGGAGGCGUCCCAGGGGUCACAGCGGACAUUCGCCUCGGCGACGUAGUCGUGAGCCAGCCGUCAGCGAGGAGCGGAGGUGUGAUACAGUACGACUUUGGGAAGAGCACGCCGGACGGGUUUGCGAGAACGGGCUUCCUCAGUCCUCCGCCGAGGAUCCUCCUGAGCGCGCUGGCCAAGAUGCAGGCGCAGAGCCUCCGAGGGAGAAGCGUCUUUGCGUCGCACCUGUCGCGGUUCGACGGCCUCUCCGAGUUUAGGCGUGACCACGCGGGACCCGACCAGCUGUUUGAAUCCAAUUAUGACCAUGUGGGCGGGCCUACCUGUGAGGGCUGCGACCAGAAACAGCUGGUCAAGCGGACGCCCGGUAGGGGAGAGAAUCAGGUCAAGGCUCAUUAUGGCACGAUUGCCUCUGGGAACAUGGUGAUGAGGUCCGGUCGGGCACGAGACAAGCUGAGCUGCGAGCUCGGAGACGUGCUCUGCUUCGAGAUGGAAGCUGCCGGGCUUAUGAAUGGCUUGCCGUGCCUGGUGAUUCGAGGCAUUUGCGAUUAUGCAGACUCGCACAAAAACAAGACGUGGCAGCCAUACGCGGCGGCGACAGCAGCAGCCUAUGCCAAGGAGCUCCUCCUCACCAUCCCCGUGGAACCAGCUUGUUGGGUCGAUUUCAUUAAUUCUUUGUUAUAGAUGAUGAUUUA